AUGCAGCAGGCUUUGCUGGUCCAGCCUCCGCUACAGUCGCCCUUACGAUAUCCCAUAUUCUGGACUAUCUGCAACCUGGUGAACAAAAUCGUGGGUGCUGGAUUCCUGGCUCUUCCAUGGUGCUUGAAAGAGCUGAAAGACGGGACCUCCACUGACUACCCUGUCGUGGUUUUUGUCAUUUUGCUAGUGCUCGUUGGUCUUAUGCACGGUGUCUCGUUUUGGUUACAUGGCCGCGCAUGUGAGCAUGUUCGAGAUGUCGGCCUGCAGAGAGGAGAUGCCACGUACUUGGGGGCUCGGUCGUUGCUUGAUCACUGGAUGAUAGAGUGGAUAGAGGAGUCUGGGACAUACGUAGCCAUAGCAGCAGCACUCAUCCUGCUCGUCGUUUAUCGUUAUAACAACACACUCUUCCGUGCCGAGCUUGGGCUAUUUGGGGUAUUCUUCUGGAUUCUGGUGGCGCUUGUCUUCGUGCUCUGGUUCGCACUGCCAGACCCACACAACCCUGCGAAAUCAAAAGAACAUCCAGCAGAUUGCCUUGCAAUGGCUUACGGCUGGCGCUCGAGCUGGCGCUGGGGAUUGCUUGCAACCAUUUUCUUGUACCUGCCCUUGUCGCACCUCAUGCCUCUCGGCAUACUCUCCAUGCUGGCGGUGCUCGUGGGCAUCCUCUCCGUCCUCCUCGCCCUAGAACCGAACGACCCGAACAAGCAACAGCAGGAGAGCGCCACCAAUCUCAUAACAAGGCUUGCAGCACGUCCUACUGAUUCGGCUUCCGCGGAACAAAGCACCUUGCAAGUUUAUUUCAAGGUCUGGUCCAUCUUGCUCGUAUCCUUCACGGCGCACUACAACGCGCCGAAGUACUACAGUGAGCUGGGUCCCGGUAAUCAGCUCCGGAAUUUCCGACUUGCUGUAUGCCUGUCCUACAUUGUCGUAUCGUUGGCGUAUCUCUGGUGUGGCACAAUGGGUUACCAGAUGUACGGCUCAGACACUCAGCAGGACCUCCUCAACAAUCUUUCGGGAUCUUGGAAGGCGCCACUUACUCACGGGUUCUACCUGCUCAUUCUUUGGGCCGACUUUCCAAAGGUAAUCAUUGGCAUGCGCCAGCUUUGUGGAAGUCUUUGCCGCCGUUGUCUGAAUCGGCAACUUACCGAUCAGUUCGAGCUGCUACUGUUGAUCAUCGCCUCCUUAGGAUGGUUCCUGCCCCUCGCAGACAUACUGGCAGUCAAAGGAGCCUUAUUCGGGUCCUUGAUGGUUUAUGUCAUUCCUGCAUCUAUCCUUUUGAGAGGCGAUAUCACGCCGAAGCCCAUCACCUGGGAGGUCGGUAUAUCCUGCAUUAUGAUCGUUGCUGGGCUUCUCCUCUUUCUGACCCAGGUGAAGGAGAUUGCGUUUGAGCUUGAUCAGUGGGUCACGAGUGGUAGCCACAACAAGACGAGGGCUCUGCUCCAAUAG